AUGUUCUCUUUCUCCCCUCCUCAGUCUUCUUUCCAAUUUCCUGUCUUGACGCCGGAUUCAAAGGAAGGCGAAAACGAUAGCUUCUCUUUUACAUCUAUGGAUAUAGGCCAUCAAGGCUUCCGACCGGAUGCCCCAGAGAAAGCCAAUUUACGGAAGGCGACUACGACCUCCGACCUCCUACCAACUACCACUACAGUCAAUAGGCUUGCCCACAUGCAACCCAUUAAACAUGAAGAGGUCCAGCCUGGUGAGCAAGUCCAGUCACACUUGUUGCCUGUAACCCAGGAGAACAUGUCCACACUCGCUGCGGACGAGCAUGAGGGUGAAGGACGUGCUGAUACAAACCGACAUGUCCUCACCCAAAGCAACGUGCCGACAGAGCGGAAUCUUUUGACUCUAGGCGACAAGAGUGUGCCCACAACUUGCACGAACUGCUCCACUCAAAUAACUCCAUUGUGGCGGCGCAAUCCUGAGGGUCAACCUUUUUGCAAUGCCUGCGGCCUGUUCCUGAAGCUUCAUGGGGUCGCCAGACCGCUCUCGUUGAAGACAGAUGUCAUCAAGAAGUGA